GGGGUCGGGUUGAGGGCGUCCGGCGGGCGCGGGCCUGCGGGCGCCCAUGGAGGGCUCCGAGGACGAGGAGGCGGAGGCCGGCGGGCCGCUGCAGCAGCUCGUGAAGCGGCAGCGCAGGGAGAAGCGCGAGCUGCAAGCAAAAAUUCAAGGCAUGAAAAAUGCUGUUCCCAAGAAUGACAAAAAGAGACGAAAACAGCUGGCCGAAGAAGUCGCCAAACUAGAGGCAGAACUUGAACAGAAGCACAAGGAGGAAUUAAAGCAGCUGAAGGAAGCUAUGCCUGAGCAGAAUAAGAUAGAUUCUAUAGCUGAUGGGGUUGCGAAUUUUGAGCUUGAGGGACGGGAGCAGCAGAUUCAGCAUCCUCGAAUAUCAAAAGCACAGAAGAGACGGGAAAAAAAAGCUGCCUUGGAGAAAGAAAGAGAAGAAAGAAUAGCUGAAGCUGAGAUAGAAAAUUUAACAGGAGCAAGGCAUCUUGAAAGUCAGAAACUUGCCUCCUUGUUGGCAGCAAGGCACUUGGAGAUUAAACAGAUUCCUUCAGAUGGCCAUUGCAUGUACAGAGCUAUUGAAGAUCAGCUCAAGGAUCACCACAAUUCCUGGACUGUUGCAACUCUGAGAAAUCAAACAGCCAAGUAUAUUCACAGUCACUUUGAUGACUUCCUGCCAUUUCUUACAAACCCCAAUACUGGAGACAUGUAUAGCAAAGAGGAAUUUGAAAAAUACUGUGAUGAUAUAGCAAAUACGGCUGCAUGGGGUGGUCAACUGGAACUAAGGGCUUUGUCGCACAUUCUGCAAACACCUAUUGAGGUAGUGCAGAUGGAUUCCCCUUCUAUUAUUGUUGGUGAAGAAUAUUCAGGCAAACCAAUAAUACUUGUAUAUAUGAGACAUGCUUAUGGAUUAGGAGAACAUUACAAUUCUGUAAAACUUCUAACAGACGCAACUACAGAAAAUGGCAGCUAGUAUUAAAAAAUCCACAUUGCUAACAGUUGCAUCUUGAUAUGUUGGGCUCCAGACAAUUCUUAGAUGGACUAGAAAGUAAAACUACCUGGAAUGGAUAAAAAAUGAAAAGAAGAUAUAUGAGCCUUUGCUGGGAAUCAUAAACAGCUCUUGAGUUGAAACACAGAAACAAAAGUUCCGAACACCACAGAAUUUUGACCUUGUUGGUAUUAAUCGUAUGUAGAACAUCUCUAAGAUGCUGACCGUGUAGGUCAGAACUCUUUUUCUGUUGGUUUAUUUGUUUGUUUUUCGUUUCAUAGAACUUCAUCCGAUGCCACGGUGAAAAUACUCAGCAGCAAAUGGUUAAUCUGCAAUAUACUGAAGAAUUAAGGUUACUAGAAAGGUUUCUGUUAGAUUAUUUCUUGGAGAUUUUCAUGAUCACGGAAGAGUUGAGGACUUAAACAAAUCCAUUAUUUUAAGAUUGAUGGAGUAUUCUUUGCUGCGUUUUAGUUCCAUCAGAAUCUAGCUUUAAUACUAUACUAGGGAUCCCCUUUAUUUGGGCAAAAAAGAGCUUGACUGAGGGAGUCACAAAAAGUGUCUUAAAAUUUUACAGACUUUUAUCAAGUUUUUUACCAAGAUCUGAGGGCUUCACUUUUAUUUUGCAGUAGGAAUACUCGAUGCUGUUCCUAGUACUGAAUCUCUUAGGUAGAGAAUCGUUGUUGAUGACUGUACAUCGUAACAUGGAUGAGUCAGCUGUGCUGUUUGUCUUUCAUCUGCAUGUUUUGAUGGUACAGAAAUCUUACAAACAGGUCCUCAGUUUCCUUAGUUCAGGUAGUGAGACUAAUCUGAACUCAUCAUGUAUGGAUCUGCUGAUCUACAUGUGGCCUAAAAUGCAGUAUUUUAUGAGGCUUAGAACAGCUGGUUGUGUACAAGUGUAAAAAUAACCACCUUCUCUUAUAUCAGUAACUUUAAAGAUGAUAUGCAAAAUAAUUUAUAUUUUCCUUAUUAUGCACAGAGAAGACUUGAAAGGUUUUUCUUUUUUUUAAAUUUUCUCUUUUUACAUUGGAAAUGUAGGUUUUUGUCUUGAGGUUGCUAUAGUUAUGACUCCAAAACUGGCAGCAAACUGUAAUGCAAUCAGUUGUUUUUUAACAACAGAAGAGUUGUUUUUCUUUAAGCUGUAGCCAAUAACAUCAUAAUUGUCUGCAUCAUUUUAGUGUCAGUAAGUUGCUUUGGAGAAAAGCAGUUCUUGUCAGAUUUAAACAUGUAUGCCCUCAAUUGAAAAUUAUGAGGUAACAGUGCACAUAUUGUAAUCCUUUGGUGAAUUUAGCCAGUGGAUUGAUGUUCCCAGGACUUAGAAGUUGCAAAUCUGCUCUUAAGCAAAUAGAUAAAUGUUCACUUUAUGGAUCAGGUUAUGUCUGAAUUAAAGCACUUUGAGAGAAGGAAAAGUAAAAAUUAAAGACCAGUCAUAGCAGAGGUCUGUGGGGGGCAGAGAGGUGCUGGUUGAACAAGCAGAACACACAUUAAGAGUUUUUUAGAAUGGUUUAGAUAACCAUGUAUUAGCAGGAUCAAAAAUUUGCUGCAUCCUUAUUUAUCAGAUACAGUAUAGCAAAUAUAGCUCUAUUUGCAGCAGCUGUUCUACUGCAGAAUUUGAUUUACUACCUUGCCUGUAUGAAACCAUGUUUUUAAUUUCAAACAAAAAAAGAAUCAGAUGUUAUUAUGGAAAAGAUGUCUCUAUUCAUAAUACCACUAUGAAUUUUGCUAAAAAUAAUAAUUUCAAAUACUGUUCUCAGCGUUGCUUAAAAUUGGCAUGAUACAAAGUGCAUAUGCUGCUUUUCAUAGAUACCUUGUGAAAGAAGUUCUUUGGUUUGUUGGGAUGUCAUUUUUUUUUAAUUGACAGAGGAAAAUGUCAGAAUCCUGGAAUGCCUGUACUAACAGUUUGUGCUGUUUGUUAUGUUUACAAUCUGUAUAAAGAAAAAGAAUGUUUUAAUAGAGUGAGCAGAAGAUCCUUGCUCCUGCUGCGUGGACCUUGCCAAAAUGUAAUAAAUUGGUUUAUAUGUGGCAAUUUUUGUUGUGGUCACUAAUUCUGUACAUGAGUUGUUCACUUCUUAAUUUCUAGUAUUAAUAAAUUUACUAAUUUUUAUGA